GGGUGUCAUCUCCGUAUCCCGGACACUCGUUACAUCUCUCAGCUUCACACGCGAUCUCCUUUAAAAAGUUUUCUAUAACAACAAAAUCGUACAUACCAACAUUUUUUGUGGGUUCAUUUAUUCGUUCAGUGCUACAUUUUGGCUAAUUAUGAUUGCCUACGGAUUACUAUACAGCCUCGUGAUAAUUGGAAAUGGCAUAUUGUCAUCGGCAACAAUCCUGUCUCCUCUAAAAGUGGACCCGUCAUCCUUGCACCUCUACAAAACCAAUUUUCGUCCGGUGAACGAGCUAGACUAUAUCCUGAAGCGCAGCGGGGUAAGAACCGCCGAUGAAACCCCGGAUUCAAAAGAACGCCGCAGCCAAAUGGGGUCAUCAUUCAUCCGGUUUGGUCGGAAUCACAUGGCCAAUAAUGGGGAAAACAUCGAGUACUCAUUGAACACCGUGAAUGACCUCGACACUUCUUCAAGAAUUCCCCGCGGACGUUCCGAUGUCAUCAUCCGUUUUGGUCGCAGCGGAUCCGGAAAACUGGAUUCGAUGAUUCUGCGCAACAAUAAAUUACUGAAAGUUAUUCCGAUCGAAAUUUUUUGCGCAGAUAUUUUGGCUGGUGAAAAUUCUCCCGAACUCACGCGUCUCUGUAAUUCGUUUAUGUCCAACGAUGAUAAAAAUGAAUAAUUUUGUUUCAUUUUUCAUAAAACUUUUCUUUUUUUUAUUACGAAUACACUUUGUAUUGUUUCUCGCAUUCGCAAGAUGUUAUUAUUAUUAUUAUUAUUAUUUUUAUCAUUUUCAUUUUAAGUUGAAUUUAAUUUUAUUGAAGUAAGUAGAGAAUUAAAUGUAUUAUUCUGUUGUUACAUUGAGGAUUCAUGACUCGAUUAUAGCUGCUCAGCUGUUCGAUAUUCAAGGCUAAUCGUUAUAUUGUUCGUUACGUAAAAGUACAUCCACCCGACACCCGACGGACGACAGAUUUGUCAACUUUAAAAUUACAUAUGGAUAUUCAAUUACUAUUCCAUUAUUCUUGGUCACGUUUUUUGUAUUGUUAUUUUUUCUAUUAUUAUUUUUCAAGUAAAUUUAAAUUAUUUUUUUAACUUAUUAAUUACUGACGUGAUCUGUCUAUUUGUAAUGAUAAAUGUCUCGAACUCGGGGUAACUUGUAUAUGUAUUUAGAUUUAAUACUUAAAGUUAUAAAUAAAUAAAAAGAAUAUAAUGGCUGGAAUAAA